UAUCAACCCACUUAUGAACUAACGAUAGUGAUGACCAAGCCAUGGAGUAAUAUACCCGUAUAUAUAGACAACCAUCGCCCAACCCUAGGGCCCAGGAAACCCCACCAGCCCCAAUGCCUUAUUCGUGCCAAAGUGCCUCAAACCCGAUCUGCAUGGAUACAUACAACUACAUGGCCUAGAUUGUUGACUCGCAUACCAUAAACACACACACACACCACCGCAUCGACAACUGAAACACCAACCCAGCAACACAGACUAAGUUCUGGGGUGGGUGUUACACCAAGAUCACACGACACAACCUCGAAAAAGAAAAGCAAAGAACUGGCCAAAGCCGCUGGUCACAGCAGCAAUGUCCUCCUCAAACUACUACCCCAGCUCACCGCGCUUCGCGCCUCCCCCGUCCGCGCAACCGCAACCGCAAGCCUACCAAUCCAUCUUCGGGGGCGGCGACAGCAGCCAGGACGCGGGUGGGUUUUCGGAUCUCGAGCCUUAUCCGGAUGAAUUAGAGGGAAAUCUGGACACGAUCAUGGAGGAAGGCGGUUCGCCUCGAGAUGAGGGGCUUUCGGAUGAUUCGGAUUCGAGUUACUUGGAGGAGAGUGGGGGGGAGGGGGAGGAGGAGGAGGCGGGGGACGUUGGACGAAGGAGAGGUGGUGCAAGGUUAGACGGGGAGCAGCGAGGGAAGGUUGGUGUCGACGUGGUUGAAAGCCGUCGUUUUCGUCGUCAGCCUUCCUCCUCGCCAGAUGCAGACGAGGAGGACCACUACCGACCCAACCGUUUCCGGGGCCCCGAGUCGACCUGGAGGAAUCUCACGGCUGAGGAUCGACAGAAUGCGCAGGCGUUGGUCGAUCUCCGUGCUCGGGACCUGGCGGCGCAUUUAUAUAAUGCUUAUGCGUUGCGGGUGAGGGCGAGGGAGAUUGCGAGGCGGAUGAGUAGUGGUGCUCUAGGGGGGGAGGGAAGGAUUGAAGGAGAGGAGGUGUUUGCGCCGCCGAAGAGGUGGACGGCGUGGCCGAUGCCUGCGGCGGCUGUGCCGCGGCCCGGAGAGUUGGUGCGGCGGGCGAUCGAUGAUGCCUGGACGCUGCGUCGGCAGCCGGAUCCGCGGCCGAGUGCGGAAUUGGAGGAAUCCCUGAUGGCUGUCAUGAUGAAGACCGCCAAGGAACGGUUCAAUGCACGGGAAUGGGAGACGACGAGGCCAGCAACCGGUGCGAUGACGCCGCGGCGCAGCAAGAGGAAGUCCUCCAUGUCGCAGACCGGAACCCAGGAUGAGAGUGCCGGGGAUUGGGAGAGUGAGGAGGUCGAGGAACCGGAGACGGUGGCCGGAAUGAAACCCGUGGCUCUACGGCCCGUGGUGCAGGCGGACGAUGAGAGGGCACGCGUGCAACUACGGCCCAUGACUCGAAAUAUCCUCACGCAAUUCGACACGCUGCUCAUGGGCCUCCAUCGCGCGCGGCAGGGCGACCUCGCUCGCGACGACGAUAGCCCCGCCAGCGAAUGGCAGACGGAUACCGCAAGCGCGGUCUCAGGCUCGUCCUCCGGACAGCAGCCGAAAAGGAAAGGCAGCGCCGCGGAGAAGGAGCGGAGUUUAUCGCGGGGGAGAAAACGCACACGACGGCCCUCAAUUCGAUCUGAGUCCAGCGCCGGGCCUUCUCGCUCACGAAGUACCCGCGUCUCGAGUAGCCGUGCAUCCAGCGAGCACACAUCCUCCAACGCACCCUCGAGUCAGCGCUCGCUCUCGCAAGGGUCUUCGCGGUCCCGUGGCAGAUCACGCAGCAGCGAUGGCCGACAGUCCGUCAGCCGGGUCCGUCAGGGCCUCCGGGACUGGAGCGAGGUUUUGGGGAUUGCGUCCAUGACAGGGUUCCCCGCCGCGGCGGUGAUGCGAGCCUCCCGCCGCUGUGCGGAUUUGUUCGGCGAGGAUAUGGCAUUUCGCACGUUCCACGAAGGACAGGUGCGACAAGACCCGCUGGAAGCUGGCAGUGGGCCAGGCCCGUGGCAAUACGUGGAGAGCGAGUCGGAACCGGAGGCUGAAUUGGAGCAUGAGCCUGAGCCUGAGCCCGAGCCCGAGCCCGAGCCCCAACCCGAGGCUGUUCCAUUAUCAUCACGAGCAUCAUCCAGGAAGCCUCGCUCGCGGGCGACAUCCCUCAAGGGGUGUUCGAGAUCUCGCGCGACGAGUGCAUCGGCCGAUGACACGACUCGUCCCAGAGGGAAAGGCGAGCACCGGAAGUCCGAUCUGGUGUGCCCCAUCAGCAACUGCGAUCGACAUCAUAAUGGGUUCUCCCGAACGUGGAACCUGAAUCAGCACCUGAAGACCAUGCAUCCGGGGUACCAGCCUCCGGUCUCUGCGAGAAAAUCGUCGACCGCCAAGGCUUCUAGGAGGAAGGACAAUACUAACGAGGGGUGAUUUGCCGGAGGGAAUAUGUGUAUCUAGGGUCAUGAUAAAGAUGUUAUCUAUCCUCAAUGUUACGAC